AUGUCACAAAAUAUUCAUAAUCACCCACUAUCUCUGCCAUCUAAAAUACCUGUAGCAAUUCAAAAUAAUUUAAGAGACAUAAUUAUAGAGGAGGAUAUUUUAGAUUUGAUAGCUUGGAAAUUAAUCACUCGUAUAUCGAUGCAACAAUUUUUUAAAGGAGUUUUACUUCCAGAACUAUAUCUAUCAUUGAAUAAUAGGUCUAAAAUUGAGCAUAUAAUUGCAACAAAGCAUCGUGCUGAACAUCCAUAUGGUCAAGAUAUUAUAGCAAAUACAUAUCAAAAGUUAUUUGAAGAAUUUUUUACUCACAUAGAGCAAGAUUAUGGAUAUUUUGUUGAGUUUCAACAUAUCCAUAGUCGUAGAAUUAGAUACAUUUUAGCUGAUGAACAUUACUGUCAAGCAUUAGAUUGGGUACAAAAUAAAAAGCAUCUGUGGGUACUUGCUAGAUUGUCUUCUGCUUUUACUAAGAUGGCACAGAAUAUUUGGACUAAUAUACUAUUUACUACUAAUGCUAGAGAAUCAGCUUAUGCGAAUAUUAAUAGAAAUGAGCGUAAUUUGUUUUUAUUGGCUGCAAUUACCAA